AUUCAUUUUGGAAUUCAGCUUCAUUCAAUACUGAGACUUCGUAUCUUCAUUUCCCUGCAUUCCAUGGAGAGCUCAGUGCUGAUGUGUCUUUCUUUUUUAAGACAACAGCUUCUUCUGGGGUGUUUGUAGAGAACCUGGGUAUCACAGACUUUAUCAGACUAGAACUGCGCGCUCCCACAGAAGUGACCUUUUCCUUUGAUGUGGGGAAUGGUCCUUGUGAAGUCACAGUACAGUCACCCACUCCCUUUAAUGACAACCGAUGGCAUCACGUGAAGGCAGAAAGAAAUGUUAAAGAAGCAUCUCUCCAAGUGGAUCAGCUCCCUCAAAAGUUUCAACCUGCCCCCACUGGUGGGCACCUCCUCUUGCAGCUCAACAGCCAGAUCUUCAUUGGUGGAAUGACCAGCAGGCAGAGGGGCUUUCUGGGGUGCAUUCGGUUUCUGCAGUUGAACGGGAUGGCUCUGGACCUGGAGGGAAGAGCCAAGGUGACUCCAGGAGUGGAGGCAGGGUGUGCAGGACACUGCAGCAGCUAUGGACACUUGUGUCACAAUGGGGGGAGAUGUCAAGAACGGCACAGAGGAGUGGCUUGCGACUGUACAUCCUCUGCCUAUGAGGGCCCAUUCUGCUCACAUGAGAUUUCUGCCUAUUUUGGAGCUGGUUCCUCCAUAAUCUACAGUUUUAAAGAGCAUCACAAUUACACCUUCAAUGGGAACUCCAGCUCCUUAGCAGCUUUAUUUCAUGAGGAGCUAACACUAACCAGGGAAAUAGUCAGCUUGAGCUUCCGAACCACGGGGACUCCCAGCCUGCUGCUGUUUGUAGGCUCUGUCUAUGAGGAGUACCUUUCAGUUAUCCUUGCCUCCAAUGGAAGUUUGCAGAUCAGGUAUAAGCUAGACAGACACAGAGAGCCAGAUGUUUUUAACUUUGAUUUUAAAAACCUGGCUGAUGGGCAACUUUACAAUGUGAAGAUUAACAGAGAAGCUGCAGUGGUCUUUGUAGAGGUUAACCAGAAUGCAAGGAGAAGAGCCACUCUGUCAUCAUGGAUGGAAUUCAAUGCUGUCAAAUCUCUUGUGUUGGGGAUGAUUUUAGAGCCCCCUGGCGCAGACCCCGAUACGCGGCGGGCGGCAGCGCGCGGCUUCACAGGCUGCCUGUCUGUGGUGCGCUUUAGCCAUGCAGCCCCGCUGAAGGCGGCGCUGCGCCUUGUCGGACCUGCCCGGGUCACUGUUCAUGGUCAAGUGGCCGCUGGAUCCCGCUGCGCGGUGGGCGCAGGGCCUGGCUCCAGAGCGCGGGAACUCGCUCCCCGGCUCUCAGGUGGUUCAGGCUAUUCUGGACCAACUGAUGAGGGAGAGCCCUUAAUUAACGCAGACAGAAGUGACUCUGCGGUCAUUGGAGGUGUGGUAGCAGUGGUGAUAUUUAUCUUGCUCUGCGUAACUGCCAUAGCUAUACGCAUUUAUCAACAGAGAUGGUUAUAUCAAAAGAAUGAGUCAGAUAUCUCAAAAGCUGGAGACAAUGCUGAGAUUGCUCUGAAAAGUGAACUCAACAUGCAAAAUACUGUCAGUGAAAGUCAGAAGGAGUACUUCUUCUGA